CAUUCUCUUUUCCUUGGAUAUUCAUAUCACAGCCACUUUUAAUAAGGAAUAUGGAGAAUUUUGGGGAAUGGGAUCAAAACAAGCUCAAAAAUGAGUUACUUAAAGGGAUGGAAUUAGCAAAGCAACUCCAAAUUCAACUCAAUGUGAGAUCAACACCAUCAUCAUCCAUGGCUGCUUCUUCUUCUUCUUCUUCUUCUUCUUCUUCUUCUUCUUCUUCUUCUUCGAAUGAUGGUUGUGAACUAUUAGUUCAGAAGAUUUUAUGUUCAUAUGAAAAGGCACUGUCUUUGCUUAACUCAUAUGGAGCUCAAAUAAAUAUAUAUGAAUCUCCUUCCUCUUUCAAUGGUGGAAGUCCAAGGAGUGAAGAUUCGGACCGUGAAUUUAAAGACCCAUUUGAUAUAACCAAUGCUAAUUCUUUUCGCAAAAGGAACAUUCUUCCAACAUGGACACAGAAAUUCCAAGUUAGUCCUGGGAUGGCCAUUGAAGGGUCUCUUGAUGAUGGAUUUGCCUGGAGGAAAUAUGGUCAAAAAGGCAUUCUUGGUGCCAAACAUCCAAGAGGGUAUUACAGAUGCACACACAGGAACCUCCAAGGUUGUCAAGCAACCAAACAAGUUCAACGGUCGGACGACGACCCGACCAUCUUCGAAAUAACGUACAGAGGGAAGCAUAGCUGCAGCCAAGUUUCAAACCUCAGUACUCCAUGUACAACAACAUCAGAGUUUCAACAACAAAAUCAGGGUGUAGUAGUAGAAUUACCCGACCAAAAAAAGGCCCAAAAUCAACAAACAUCACCUGAUGCUCUCUUGGACUCAUGGUCAUCCUUAAGAGUCAUAACUCAAAACCUCGACACAACUCAUGAACCAACAUUACAAUUCCAUCCUUUAUGCUACGACCGUGUCGAGUUUGCUUCAACGUCGACUGUGGACGUGAACUUCACCGAGUUUUCUUCAUUUUUGUCCCCAACAACAUCUGGUUCCGGGUUGAGCUAUUUCUCUGCCUCAUCAAGUGGGUUGAGUGAAGGGUUUGUUGUUGGGAAUCAGAACUUGAAUAAUUUGCAGCCAAACAAUUGUGAGAUAUUUUCCUCACCAACUUCAGCUUUAAACACUCAAACUACUACUGCCUUAGAUUUCUCUUUUGGUGAACUUCAAAUGGAGCCAACUUUCUCAUUUGACAACACAGACUUCUUCUCCUAAAAUCUCCCUCACUUCUGUUAGACUCAACAAUCAUGAUACUAUGAUUUUCUAAUUUUGGUAGCUCUUCAUAGAGUUUUCAAAAACUUACGUAUAGUGGUUUUUAUUUGAGGAUUAUUACCCAUCUUUUGAGAUAUGUAGGUUUGUAUCUCUAGAAAAAGUUUGAAUAACAGUAUAUUUUU